GCCAGGUGGUAGGCUAAGGCAGGUCACUCCUUAGAGUAGAGCCAGUCCAACCCUUCCAGCAACCAUGACCUACAACGGCACUUGGAAAGUAGACCGCAGCGAGAACUAUGAGAAAUUCAUGGAGCAGAUGGAAGUCAACAUGGUCAAGAGGAAGCUGGCCGCUCACGAUAACCUCAAGAUCAUCCUUGAACAAACUGGAGACAAGUUUGUCGUGAAGGAGUCCAGUACUUUCCGCACGCUGGAUUUGGAAUUUACCCUGGGAGUCACCUUUGAGUAUGCCCUUGCAGAUGGGACAAUGAUAUCAGGUUCAUGGGGCAUGGAAGGAGACAUGAUGAAAGGUACAUUCACCAGAAAGGACAAUGGAAAGGUGCUGACAACUACUAGAGCCAUUGUUGGAGAGGAACUUGUACAGAGAACCUGAGCCCUAGGACCAUGCCUCAGAACUAACUGACCUGGCGACUCCUGGCUGUCCCCAUCCCCAGUCCACCUGGUUGUGCUGCUGAUCAAGUUUCUGCUGUUCUGCCUGGAACCCUGACCUGUUUACCGAACCGGUUACCUUAUGCCGGAUCUACUCUUUCAACAAUCUCGACCUGUGAAUGCUCGGGCAUGAAAAGCCAACUGACAUUUACUCCUGAGGUGCUGACCUGUUGCAUCCUCUAUAAUCACUGUGAUUAAUUUUUGACCCUGCUGGUUAUCUAUGAACUUUUUAACAUCUUGAAGAACAAUCUGGCCUUAACGGCCAUGUAUUCUUAUAAUCUCCACCCGGCACAUUCAGAAGAGCACUGGCCACCCCUCAAAGCCUGGUUCCUCUCUAUGUUUCUUCCUAGGUUCAUGCUUUUACAUCAGCAUUGCUUGCUUUUGGGGUUUUAGGCUGGGGUUCUGUAUACACACUUUGUGACAUCUGCUGAUGUAAAAAGGGCUUUAUAAAUACACUGCUCAAAAAAAUAAAGGGAACACUAAAAUAACACAUCCUAGAUCUGAAUGAAUGAAAUAUUCUUAUUAAAUACUUUUUUUCUUUACAUAGUUGAAUGUGCUGACAACAAAAUCAAACAAAAAUGAUUAAAGUGGAGAACCACACUACAGGCUGAUCCAACUUUGAUGUAAUGUCCUUAAAACAAGUCAAAAUGAGGCUCAGUAGUGUGUGUGGCCUCCACGUGCCUGUAUGACCUCCCUACAACGCCUGGGCAUGCUCCUGAUGAGGUGGCGGAUGGUCUCCUGAGGGAUCUCCUCCCAGACCUGGACUAAAGCAUCCGCCAACUCCUGGACAGUCUGUGGUGCAAUGUGGCGUUGUUGGAUGGAGCGAGACAUGAUGUCCCAGAUGUGCUCAAUUGGAUUCAGGUCUGGGGAACGGGCGGGCCAGUCCAUAGCAUCAAUGCCUUCCUCUUGCAGGAACUGCUGACACACUCCAGCCACAUGAGGUCUAGCAUUGUCUUGCAUUAGGAGGAACCCAGGGCCAACCGCACCAGCAUAUGGUCUCACAAGGGAUCUCAUCUCGGUACCUAAUGGCAGUCAGGCUACCUCUGGCGAGCACAUGGAGGGCUGUGCGGCCCCCCAAUGAAAUGCCACCCCACACCAUGACUGACCCACCACCAAACCAGUCAUGCUGGAGGAUGUUGCAGGCAGCAAAACGUUCUCCACGGCGUCUCCAGACUCUGUCACAUGUGCUCAGUGUGAACCUGCUUUCAUCUGUGAAGAGCACAGGGCGCUAGUGGCGAAUUUGCCAAUCUUGGUGUUCUCUGGCAAAUGCCAAACGUCCUGCACGGUGUUGGGCUGUAAGCACAACCCGCCACCUGUGGACGUUGGGCCCUCAUACCACCCUCAUGGAGUCUGUUUCUGAUCAUAUGAGCAGACACAUGCACAUUUGUGGCCUGCUGGAGGUCAUUUUGCAGGGCUCUGGCAGUGCUCCUCCUGCUCCUCCUUGCACAAAGGCGGAGGUAGCGGUCCUGCUGCUGGGUUGUUGCCCUCCUACGGCCUCCUCCAUGUCUCCUGAUGUACUGGCUUGUCCCCUGGUAGUGCCUCCAUGCUCUGGACACUACGCUGACAGACCCAGCAAACCUUCUUGCCACAGCUCGCAUUGCCAUCCUGGAUGAGCUGCACUACCUGAGCCACUUGUGUGGGUUGUAGACUCCGUCUCAUGCUACCACUAGAGUGAAAGCACCGCCACCAUUCAAAAGUGACCAAAACAUCAGCCAGGAAGCAUAGGAACUGAGAAGUGGUCUGUGGUCACCACCUGCAGAACCACUCCUUUAUUGGGGGUGUCUUGCUAAUUGCCUAUAAUUCACACCUGUUGUCUAUUCCAUUUGCACAACAGCAUGUGAAAUUUAUUGUCAAUCAGUGUUGCUUCCUAAGUGGACAGUUUGAUUUCACAGAAGUUUGAUUGACUUGGAGUUACAUUGUGUUGUUUAAGUGUUCCCUUAAUUUUUUAGAGCAGUGGAUAAUUGAUUGAUUGAUUACUUAGAGGUGAUUUUGCCACAGAUUCUGAACAUAGUGAGCUUUCCCCUAUCAUUCCUUUUACUUUUUGGUUGGCAGUGGCUAAAGUUGGUCAAGUUAGCAGUGGUUGAAAUAAAUGUCUCUCCAUGCAUAUACUUUUUAUGUCUCUCAUGGCCUAUAAAGUACAUGCAUGGUACUGUACGUGGAAAAAUUGAGGCAGGUCCCCAAAAAAUUGAAGAUAUAAUUGAAGUAGACCCAAUAACAUAAACCAAUUGGAAUUUGGAUGUCGGUUGGAUACAAAUGUAAAGUAUGCCAUGCGCAUGCUCAUACUGUACACAUCACUAUUGUUACCUCUUUAUAAGUCCUCAUGCAGGUUGGCUAACAUUGUAACAGUUGUCUAUUCAGCAGGAUAACAAGUAUGCAAACACAAUGUUAGUGUUUGUAUUCUGAGAUUGCUGAAUUUGGUGCUCAUAUUCGGAAAUAAAAUUUGUGUUGGCCACACAAUCAGGGAUGCACAUUACCUUAAACCAAAAGAUACACCUCUUGAUCCCAGAGGUCAAUGUCACACUGUAGCAAGUGUAUAUUCAACAGGUUAUCAUUAUAUUUGACUGUAAUAUGCCUUGGACUGCCCUUUCCAACUUCCAACUCAUCUAUCAACAUACAUAAACAUUUUUCUCUCUGA